UGACAUUUCGUGUUCAUCAAGGCUGUGUCUUUAAACGUUUACCUUAAAAGUCACUAUCCUCUCGACUCAUUCAGUGUAUGCAGUUUUUUCUUAUCAUCAGCUAGCAUGCAAACCACUUCCCUGUAGCUGCUCUGGUACUUGCCAGAAACUGCUAAGCUACGUGGAUGUGACGUCAAGGCGGCACCGGAACCACUGCGCGUGCAGAGGGUGAAAGGAAAGAAAAAUGGCGAAUCUCGUGGAAGCGACUACCCAACAGCAGUUUGAAGAUUUCUUAGCCAAAGCUGGAAAAUGCCUCACUGUGGUGCAUUUCCAAGCAGCGUGGGCUCCUCAGUGCGGCCAGAUGAACGAGGUGAUGGCCGAACUGGCCAAAGAAAACGCGCACACUACGUUCGUGAAGCUGGAGGCGGAAGCUGUGCCGGAGUUGUCAGACAAGUAUGAAAUUUCCUCCGUCCCUACUUUCCUUUUCUUCAAGGAGGGAGAGAAAGUGGAUCGCCUGGACGGGGCUCACGCUCCGGAGCUGACCAAGAUGGUGCAGCGCCUCGCGGUGAACAAGAGUCCCGCUGGAGCUGCUGAGGGAAGCGGCGCAGAUCUGAACCAGCGGCUGAAGAAGCUGAUCAACGCCGCCCCCUGCAUGCUUUUCAUGAAAGGAUCUCCCCAGGAGCCCCGCUGCGGAUUCAGCCGGCAGAUAGUGGCGCUGCUGAAGGAGCACAACAUCCAGUUCAGCAGCUUCGACAUCCUCUCUGAUGAGGAGGUCCGACAGGGGCUGAAAACCUACUCCAACUGGCCCACCUACCCCCAGCUGUAUGUGAACGGGGAGCUGGUGGGAGGACUGGACAUAGUGAAGGAGCUGGCUGAGUCUGGAGAGCUCGAGAACACCUGCCCGAAGGCUGUCACCUUAGAGCACCGACUGAAGACCAUCAUCAACCAGGGCCCGGUCAUGCUGUUCAUGAAGGGCAACAAAGAGGCAGCCAGAUGUGGCUUCAGCAGGCAGAUCCUGGAGAUUUUGAACGGUACCGGGGUGGGUUAUGACACCUUUGAUAUCCUGCAGGAUGAAGAGGUGCGUCAGGGGCUCAAGACUUACUCUAACUGGCCGACCUACCCUCAGCUCUACGUGAAAGGAGAACUUAUCGGUGGUUUGGACAUCGUGAAGGAGCUGAAGGAGAGUGGAGAGCUGGUAUCGGUCCUGAAGGGGGAGUCAUAGGUGGAUCUGCACUGGCCAUUCGGGGGAGGGCUGCACAUGCCCAGAUCAGCCCAUGUAACCCUGCAUGGGGUCAAAAUUUUCUCUAAUAACUAAAGCAUGGUAGCAGGUGGAGAGUCACUCAAAUUACAGUCAGAAACAAAACUGCAGUCAACAGUGAGAAUUUGCUAAUGGUUUUCUUUCUGGAAAUGGUUGUUCCUGGAAAGUUGUACUACUAGAAAUUCUUGAGAAUACAUCUGAAGAAUUGUUUAAAGUGAAGGUUUCGGGUUAAAAUACUUCUCCUUGCUGUCUGAUUCUGUGAAAAAUGAUGACCUUAGUUCCCAAUACUGUGUUUCUUGGGUUUAGAUCUUUCCUUGUGGUAUUCACAGCUUCACCCUUCAGAUGUAUUAAGUCAACUUUUAUUUGGCUACUCAGUCCAGCGGCUCACUGUUCACGCCGUCCUGUCUGCACAUUCUUCACCUUGAAAGUCAGAAAAGCUGUUUUUAACUGUGCAAGGACCACUGGUAACAAGCUACAUGUGUUCGACAGUAAGAUUAUGAUUAAAAAGUAACAAACAGCCUGAGGUGUUGUUCUUUUACUGUU